AUGUACGACAGAAGUGUGAUGCAGGAAACCGUGAUCACUCAGUGGAACUUGGUAUGCGCCAAUCGUUAUCGACAGGGUGACAUGUACCUGUCAUUCUUGUUCGGCGCCUUCUUUGGCUGUUUUAUCGGGGGCAUCACCUCCGAUCGGUUCGGUCGAAAGCCGACCCUCAUCGCCUACGCGGUUCUCAGUUCCGUGCUCAGUCUGAUACUGCCUUACUCAACGAGUUUCUUACUCUUCCUGCUGCUACGCUUUCUGGCAACGGUUUGCAUCGAAGCUGGCUAUCUGACUACCUAUAUCGUCGGAAUCGAGAUUAUUGGUAUCAAGGAACGAUCGGUUGGGGAGGAGUGGAAAGGAGGACAUGCGAAUGUCAUCAAAACGUCCAAAACGUUCCUCCGUGAGGGACUCAGUUGCAUCCUCGUUGUUCGUUCUUUCCCUCUUUGUGGCAGCUAUGUGUGA